AUGGCUGAACCUAUGGAUCUUGAUUCAGGUGUCGAAGCAACAAGAGGUACAAAAAGAAAGGCUCAAGAUGAACUCUCAGAAGUCACAGCCCCUAGGCGUAUCAAAGCAUUGGAUCCCGAUGUAGUCAAUAAGAUUGCUGCAGGCGAGAUUAUUGUAGCUCCAGUACAUGCUCUCAAGGAACUCAUUGAGAAUGCAGUCGAUGCGGGCGCAACUUCUCUUGAGGUACUUGUCAAAGACGGUGGUUUGAAGUUAUUGCAAAUCACCGACAAUGGACACGGGAUUAAUAAAGAAGACAUGGCAAUUUUAUGUGAGCGCUUCACAACUUCCAAGCUCAAGCAGUUUGAGGAUUUGACAUCCAUUGGAACCUAUGGUUUUCGUGGAGAAGCCUUAGCUAGUAUUAGUCAUAUUGCACAUCUCACUGUUACGACAAGGACGAAAGAUUCUAAUUGUGCCUUUCGAGCACAUUAUGAUAGUGGCCGUUUGAUACCCGCAAAGCCUGGUCAAGGCUCAGAUCCAAAGCCCAUUGCUGGUCGUCCGGGUACACAAAUCACAGUGGAAGACCUCUUCUAUAAUGUACCCACACGUCGUCGUGCUUUCAGAUCAGCAUCAGAAGAGUAUAACAAAAUCCUUGAUGUUGUGGGGAAAUACGCUAUUCAUUGUGAUGGGGUAGCGUUCAGCUGUAAGAAACAUGGAGAGGCUAGCACCACAAUCUCAACACAGAUUGUUUCUUCCACUGUAGAUCGUAUUAGACAAAUCCAUGGUAGCGGAGCAGCAAAUGAGCUGAUCGAGUUCAAGUCUGCUGAUGAGCGAUGGGGGUUCACGGCACAAGGGUGGACGACCAAUGCAAACUAUCACGUCAAGAAGACAACCUUACUUUUGUUCAUCAACCAUCGUUCGGUUGAGUCAACGGCCAUUCGGAAAGCUAUCGAACAGACUUAUUCUGCAUUCCUCCCUAAGGGCGGACAUCCUUUCACAUAUCUCAAUCUUGAGAUCGAACCUCAACGGCUGGAUGUCAAUGUCCACCCCACCAAGCGAGAGGUAAACUUCCUCAACGAAGAUGAAAUCAUCGAGAAAAUAUGCACCGACAUCCGAAUGAAGCUCGCCGACGUAGACAAAAGUCGAAACUUCAUGACGCAAACCCUUCUCCCGGGAGCUCAAGCACCACUCAUACCUGACAUGCUUGACCCCGUCGCCUUUGCCGCCGCAGACAAAGCCCGAACCACGUCUAGACCCUACGAAAACAACCUUGUCCGCACCGACGCCAAGCUCCGCAAAAUCACCACCAUGCUUCCACCUACCACCAAACCAGCAACCACAACUAGAGACGAUGCCACCCCAAUUCCUUCCGGCAGCACCACAACUCCCGGCUCCCAAGACGUAGAAUACACCCACACUGACCGCGAACCCAUCGUCUGCCGCCUCAUGACCAUCAAAGACCUCCGCACCUCCGUCCGCGACUCCAUGCACAAUACCCUAACCGAAUUAUUUGCCAGCCACACCUUUGUCGGCAUAGUCGACGAACGUCGCCGCCUAGCCGCCAUCCAAUCCGGCGUGAAGCUCUUCCUCGUUGACUACGCCGCCGUCUCGUCUGCCUUCUUCUACCAAAUUGGCCUCACUGACUUCGGGAACUUUGGACAAAUCCGCUUCAAUCCUCCCUUAUCUCUUUCCUCCCUCCUUACCCUUGCAGCUACCCACGAAAAGGCCAAUGCGCCCCCCAAUAUCUCCCCCGAAGAUGAUUUCGAAAUAGAAGACGUAGUAGAAAUCGUCUCCGAACAACUCAUCUCCCGCCGCAAAAUGCUACAGGAAUAUUUCUCCCUCACCAUCACCCCCGAUGGCCUCCUCUCAGGAAUCCCCCUCCUCCUCAAAAACUACACACCGGCAUUAUCCAAACUCCCCCAAUUUCUCCUACGUCUCGGUCCGCACGUCGACUGGACGGACGAAAAAGAAUGUUUUUCCUCCUUCCUACAAGAACUGGCCAGAUUCUACGUUCCAGAACAACUACCUCCAUCGCCUGGCCCCGAACCUCCAAAAUCACAGAGUCAGAGUCAGAGUCAACGAGAGGUAGGAGCAGAAGCAGAGGCCUCCAUUUCUCCAGAAAUCAAACAGCGCCGAGACGCAGUCCGAAAAAUGGUAGAAAAUGUCCUCUUUCCCGCUUUUCGCUCCCGUUUAAUCGCCACGAGGGAAUUGAUGGGUGGUGCAGUACUAGAGGUGGCGAAUCUAAAGGGGCUGUAUAGGGUUUUUGAACGGUGUUGA